AUGUACCUGGAAAUGGCCAUGAAAAUAUGGAUUAAAAUUAAAGGGACUCUGACGGAAAUAUUCCAAAAAAAAGUAACAGGUUGGAAGGAAAACACAAAACGAGCAACCUGCAGAGAUGCGACGGAAAAGCAUACAGACGCACACCAAAACACCACAGAGAACACCGAGCAAAAAUCUCAAGCAAGCGAAACGAUGAAAACACAGAUAUACACUUCGCAAACAAAUCAAAUGACAGACGACACUGAAGACGAAUUUCAAAUCAUAACAACAGAAAACACUCACCGCCACAGAACACACAAAACUGAAGGUAUACCAGGAAGAGACACAACCAUUCGUUCGGCAUCGACAACAACCGAGUUUCCACCGGAUAACAUGACAGACACUGUGGAAACCGAUGAAUUCACACCGGAACAAACGGACACAGAAGCAACACAAUCGACGGAUGAAUGGAGCACACCGACUGAGGUAUUGCUCAACUCAUCCACACCUGCACCUGCAACCGAAACAACCACUACCGUGAAGAAUGAGUCGACCACACACGAGAUCACUGAGACGGUUGGCACGCUCCUGACUGACACUCCCCAGUCCGACCACGUAUCGAAUGCAACUGAACCGACUAGCAGUUCGCUCCCGACGACAACCGAGUUUCCACCGGAUAACAUGACAGACACUGUGGAAACCGAUGAAUUCACACCGGAACAAACGGACACAGAAGCAACACAAUCGACGGAUGAAUGGAGUACACCGACUGAGGUAUUGCUCAACUCAUCCACACCUGCACCUGCAACCGAAACAACCACUACCGUGAAGAAUGAGUCGACCACACACGAGAUCACUGAGACGGUUGGCACGCUCCUGACUGACACUCCCCAGUCCGACCACGUAUCGAAUGCAACUGAACCGACUAGCAGUUCGCUCCCGACGACAACCGAGUUUCCACCGGAUAACAUGACAGACACUGUGGAAACCGAUGAAUUCACACCGGAACAAACGGACACAGAAGCAACACAAUCGACGGAUGAAUGGAGUACACCGACUGAGGUAUUGCUCAACUCAUCCACACCUGCACCUGCAACCGAAACAACCACUACCGUGAAGAAUGAGUCGACCACACACGAGAUCACUGAGACGGUUGGCACGCUCCUGACUGACACUCCCCAGUCCGACCACGUAUCGAAUGCAACUGAACCGACUAGCAGUUCGCUCCCGACGACAACCGAGUUUCCACCGGAUAACAUGACAGACACUGUGGAAACCGAUGAAUUCACACCGGAACAAACGGACACAGAAGCAACACAAUCGACGGAUGAAUGGAGUACACCGACUGAGGUAUUGCUCAACUCAUCCACACCUGCACCUGCAACCGAAACAACCACUACCGUGAAGAAUGAGUCGACCACACACGAGAUCACUGAGACGGUUGGCACGCUCCUGACUGACACUCCCCAGUCCGACCACGUAUCGAAUGCAACUGAACCGACUAGCAGUUCGCUCCCGACGACAACCGAGUUUCCACCGGAUAACAUGACAGACACUGUGGAAACCGAUGAAUUCACACCGGAACAAACGGACACAGAAGCAACACAAUCGACGGAUGAAUGGAGUACACCGACUGAGGUAUUGCUCAACUCAUCCACACCUGCACCUGCAACCGAAACAACCACUACCGUGAAGAAUGAGUCGACCACACACGAGAUCACUGAGACGGUUGGCACGCUCCUGACUGACACUCCCCAGUCCGACCACGUAUCGAAUGCAACUGAACCGACUAGCAGUUCGCUCCCGACGACAACCGAGUUUCCACCGGAUAACAUGACAGACACUGUGGAAACCGAUGAAUUCACACCGGAACAAACGGACACAGAAGCAACACAAUCGACGGAUGAAUGGAGUACACCGACUGAGGUAUUGCUCAACUCAUCCACACCUGCACCUGCAACCGAAACAACCACUACCGUGAAGAAUGAGUCGACCACACACGAGAUCACUGAGACGGUUGGCACGCUCCUGACUGACACUCCCCAGUCCGACCACGUAUCGAAUGCAACUGAACCGACUAGCAGUUCGCUCCCGACGACAACCGAGUUUCCACCGGAUAACAUGACAGACACUGUGGAAACCGAUGAAUUCACACCGGAACAAACGGACACAGAAGCAACACAAUCGACGGAUGAAUGGAGUACACCGACUGAGGUAUUGCUCAACUCAUCCACACCUGCACCUGCAACCGAAACAACCACUACCGUGAAGAAUGAGUCGACCACACACGAGAUCACUGAGACGGUUGGCACGCUCCUGACUGACACUCCCCAGUCCGACCACGUAUCGAAUGCAACUGAACCGACUAGCAGUUCGCUCCCGACGACAACCGAGUUUCCACCGGAUAACAUGACAGACACUGUGGAAACCGAUGAAUUCACACCGGAACAAACGGACACAGAAGCAACACAAUCGACGGAUGAAUGGAGUACACCGACUGAGGUAUUGCUCAACUCAUCCACACCUGCACCUGCAACCGAAACAACCACUACCGUGAAGAAUGAGUCGACCACACACGAGAUCACUGAGACGGUUGGCACGCUCCUGACUGACACUCCCCAGUCCGACCACGUAUCGAAUGCAACUGAACCGACUAGCAGUUCGCUCCCGACGACAACCGAGUUUCCACCGGAUAACAUGACAGACACUGUGGAAACCGAUGAAUUCACACCGGAACAAACGGACACAGAAGCAACACAAUCGACGGAUGAAUGGAGUACACCGACUGAGGUAUUGCUCAACUCAUCCACACCUGCACCUGCAACCGAAACAACCACUACCGUGAAGAAUGAGUCGACCACACACGAGAUCACUGAGACGGUUGGCACGCUCCUGACUGACACUCCCCAGUCCGACCACGUAUCGAAUGCAACUGAACCGACUAGCAGUUCGCUCCCGACGACAACCGAGUUUCCACCGGAUAACAUGACAGACACUGUGGAAACCGAUGAAUUCACACCGGAACAAACGGACACAGAAGCAACACAAUCGACGGAUGAAUGGAGUACACCGACUGAGGUAUUGCUCAACUCAUCCACACCUGCACCUGCAACCGAAACAACCACUACCGUGAAGAAUGAGUCGACCACACACGAGAUCACUGAGACGGUUGGCACGCUCCUGACUGACACUCCCCAGUCCGACCACGUAUCGAAUGCAACUGAACCGACUAGCAGUUCGCUCCCGACGACAACCGAGUUUCCACCGGAUAACAUGACAGACACUGUGGAAACCGAUGAAUUCACACCGGAACAAACGGACACAGAAGCAACACAAUCGACGGAUGAAUGGAGUACACCGACUGAGGUAUUGCUCAACUCAUCCACACCUGCACCUGCAACCGAAACAACCACUACCGUGAAGAAUGAGUCGACCACACACGAGAUCACUGAGACGGUUGGCACGCUCCUGACUGACACUCCCCAGUCCGACCACGUAUCGAAUGCAACUGAACCGACUAGCAGUUCGCUCCCGACGACAACCGAGUUUCCACCGGAUAACAUGACAGACACUGUGGAAACCGAUGAAUUCACACCGGAACAAACGGACACAGAAGCAACACAAUCGACGGAUGAAUGGAGUACACCGACUGAGGUAUUGCUCAACUCAUCCACACCUGCACCUGCAACCGAAACAACCACUACCGUGAAGAAUGAGUCGACCACACACGAGAUCACUGAGACGGUUGGCACGCUCCUGACUGACACUCCCCAGUCCGACCACGUAUCGAAUGCAACUGAACCGACUAGCAGUUCGCUCCCGACGACAACCGAGUUUCCACCGGAUAACAUGACAGACACUGUGGAAACCGAUGAAUUCACACCGGAACAAACGGACACAGAAGCAACACAAUCGACGGAUGAAUGGAGUACACCGACUGAGGUAUUGCUCAACUCAUCCACACCUGCACCUGCAACCGAAACAACCACUACCGUGAAGAAUGAGUCGACCACACACGAGAUCACUGAGACGGUUGGCACGCUCCUGACUGACACUCCCCAGUCCGACCACGUAUCGAAUGCAACUGAACCGACUAGCAGUUCGCUCCCGACGACAACCGAGUUUCCACCGGAUAACAUGACAGACACUGUGGAAACCGAUGAAUUCACACCGGAACAAACGGACACAGAAGCAACACAAUCGACGGAUGAAUGGAGUACACCGACUGAGGUAUUGCUCAACUCAUCCACACCUGCACCUGCAACCGAAACAACCACUACCGUGAAGAAUGAGUCGACCACACACGAGAUCACUGAGACGGUUGGCACGCUCCUGACUGACACUCCCCAGUCCGACCACGUAUCGAAUGCAACUGAACCGACUAGCAGUUCGCUCCCGACGACAACCGAGUUUCCACCGGAUAACAUGACAGACACUGUGGAAACCGAUGAAUUCACACCGGAACAAACGGACACAGAAGCAACACAAUCGACGGAUGAAUGGAGUACACCGACUGAGGUAUUGCUCAACUCAUCCACACCUGCACCUGCAACCGAAACAACCACUACCGUGAAGAAUGAGUCGACCACACACGAGAUCACUGAGACGGUUGGCACGCUCCUGACUGACACUCCCCAGUCCGACCACGUAUCGAAUGCAACUGAACCGACUAGCAGUUCGCUCCCGACGACAACCGAGUUUCCACCGGAUAACAUGACAGACACUGUGGAAACCGAUGAAUUCACACCGGAACAAACGGACACAGAAGCAACACAAUCGACGGAUGAAUGGAGUACACCGACUGAGGUAUUGCUCAACUCAUCCACACCUGCACCUGCAACCGAAACAACCACUACCGUGAAGAAUGAGUCGACCACACACGAGAUCACUGAGACGGUUGGCACGCUCCUGACUGACACUCCCCAGUCCGACCACGUAUCGAAUGCAACUGAACCGACUAGCAGUUCGCUCCCGACGACAACCGAGUUUCCACCGGAUAACAUGACAGACACUGUGGAAACCGAUGAAUUCACACCGGAACAAACGGACACAGAAGCAACACAAUCGACGGAUGAAUGGAGUACACCGACUGAGGUAUUGCUCAACUCAUCCACACCUGCACCUGCAACCGAAACAACCACUACCGUGAAGAAUGAGUCGACCACACACGAGAUCACUGAGACGGUUGGCACGCUCCUGACUGACACUCCCCAGUCCGACCACGUAUCGAAUGCAACUGAACCGACUAGCAGUUCGCUCCCGACGACAACCGAGUUUCCACCGGAUAACAUGACAGACACUGUGGAAACCGAUGAAUUCACACCGGAACAAACGGACACAGAAGCAACACAAUCGACGGAUGAAUGGAGUACACCGACUGAGGUAUUGCUCAACUCAUCCACACCUGCACCUGCAACCGAAACAACCACUACCGUGAAGAAUGAGUCGACCACACACGAGAUCACUGAGACGGUUGGCACGCUCCUGACUGACACUCCCCAGUCCGACCACGUAUCGAAUGCAACUGAACCGACUAGCAGUUCGCUCCCGACGACAACCGAGUUUCCACCGGAUAACAUGACAGACACUGUGGAAACCGAUGAAUUCACACCGGAACAAACGGACACAGAAGCAACACAAUCGACGGAUGAAUGGAGUACACCGACUGAGGUAUUGCUCAACUCAUCCACACCUGCACCUGCAACCGAAACAACCACUACCGUGAAGAAUGAGUCGACCACACACGAGAUCACUGAGACGGUUGGCACGCUCCUGACUGACACUCCCCAGUCCGACCACGUAUCGAAUGCAACUGAACCGACUAGCAGUUCGCUCCCGACGACAACCGAGUUUCCACCGGAUAACAUGACAGACACUGUGGAAACCGAUGAAUUCACACCGGAACAAACGGACACAGAAGCAACACAAUCGACGGAUGAAUGGAGUACACCGACUGAGGUAUUGCUCAACUCAUCCACACCUGCACCUGCAACCGAAACAACCACUACCGUGAAGAAUGAGUCGACCACACACGAGAUCACUGAGACGGUUGGCACGCUCCUGACUGACACUCCCCAGUCCGACCACGUAUCGAAUGCAACUGAACCGACUAGCAGUUCGCUCCCGACGACAACCGAGUUUCCACCGGAUAACAUGACAGACACUGUGGAAACCGAUGAAUUCACACCGGAACAAACGGACACAGAAGCAACACAAUCGACGGAUGAAUGGAGUACACCGACUGAGGUAUUGCUCAACUCAUCCACACCUGCACCUGCAACCGAAACAACCACUACCGUGAAGAAUGAGUCGACCACACACGAGAUCACUGAGACGGUUGGCACGCUCCUGACUGACACUCCCCAGUCCGACCACGUAUCGAAUGCAACUGAACCGACUAGCAGUUCGCUCCCGACGACAACCGAGUUUCCACCGGAUAACAUGACAGACACUGUGGAAACCGAUGAAUUCACACCGGAACAAACGGACACAGAAGCAACACAAUCGACGGAUGAAUGGAGUACACCGACUGAGGUAUUGCUCAACUCAUCCACACCUGCACCUGCAACCGAAACAACCACUACCGUGAAGAAUGAGUCGACCACACACGAGAUCACUGAGACGGUUGGCACGCUCCUGACUGACACUCCCCAGUCCGACCACGUAUCGAAUGCAACUGAACCGACUAGCAGUUCGCUCCCGACGACAACCGAGUUUCCACCGGAUAACAUGACAGACACUGUGGAAACCGAUGAAUUCACACCGGAACAAACGGACACAGAAGCAACACAAUCGACGGAUGAAUGGAGUACACCGACUGAGGUAUUGCUCAACUCAUCCACACCUGCACCUGCAACCGAAACAACCACUACCGUGAAGAAUGAGUCGACCACACACGAGAUCACUGAGACGGUUGGCACGCUCCUGACUGACACUCCCCAGUCCGACCACGUAUCGAAUGCAACUGAACCGACUAGCAGUUCGCUCCCGACGACAACCGAGUUUCCACCGGAUAACAUGACAGACACUGUGGAAACCGAUGAAUUCACACCGGAACAAACGGACACAGAAGCAACACAAUCGACGGAUGAAUGGAGUACACCGACUGAGGUAUUGCUCAACUCAUCCACACCUGCACCUGCAACCGAAACAACCACUACCGUGAAGAAUGAGUCGACCACACACGAGAUCACUGAGACGGUUGGCACGCUCCUGACUGACACUCCCCAGUCCGACCACGUAUCGAAUGCAACUGAACCGACUAGCAGUUCGCUCCCGACGACAACCGAGUUUCCACCGGAUAACAUGACAGACACUGUGGAAACCGAUGAAUUCACACCGGAACAAACGGACACAGAAGCAACACAAUCGACGGAUGAAUGGAGUACACCGACUGAGGUAUUGCUCAACUCAUCCACACCUGCACCUGCAACCGAAACAACCACUACCGUGAAGAAUGAGUCGACCACACACGAGAUCACUGAGACGGUUGGCACGCUCCUGACUGACACUCCCCAGUCCGACCACGUAUCGAAUGCAACUGAACCGACUAGCAGUUCGCUCCCGACGACAACCGAGUUUCCACCGGAUAACAUGACAGACACUGUGGAAACCGAUGAAUUCACACCGGAACAAACGGACACAGAAGCAACACAAUCGACGGAUGAAUGGAGUACACCGACUGAGGUAUUGCUCAACUCAUCCACACCUGCACCUGCAACCGAAACAACCACUACCGUGAAGAAUGAGUCGACCACACACGAGAUCACUGAGACGGUUGGCACGCUCCUGACUGACACUCCCCAGUCCGACCACGUAUCGAAUGCAACUGAACCGACUAGCAGUUCGCUCCCGACGACAACCGAGUUUCCACCGGAUAACAUGACAGACACUGUGGAAACCGAUGAAUUCACACCGGAACAAACGGACACAGAAGCAACACAAUCGACGGAUGAAUGGAGUACACCGACUGAGGUAUUGCUCAACUCAUCCACACCUGCACCUGCAACCGAAACAACCACUACCGUGAAGAAUGAGUCGACCACACACGAGAUCACUGAGACGGUUGGCACGCUCCUGACUGACACUCCCCAGUCCGACCACGUAUCGAAUGCAACUGAACCGACUAGCAGUUCGCUCCCGACGACAACCGAGUUUCCACCGGAUAACAUGACAGACACUGUGGAAACCGAUGAAUUCACACCGGAACAAACGGACACAGAAGCAACACAAUCGACGGAUGAAUGGAGUACACCGACUGAGGUAUUGCUCAACUCAUCCACACCUGCACCUGCAACCGAAACACCCACUACCGUGAAGAAUGAGUCGACCACACACGAGAUCACUGAGACGGUUGGCACGCUCCUGACUGACACUCCCCAGUCCGACCACGUAUCGAAUGCAACUGAACCGACUAGCAGUUCGCUACCGACGACAACCGGGUUUCCACCGGAUAACAUGACAGACACUGUGGAAACCGAUGAAUUCACACCGGAACAAACGGACACAGAAGCAACACAAUCGACGGAUGAAUGGAGCACACCGACUGAGGUAUUGCUCAACUCAUCCACACCUGCACCUGCAACCGAAACAACCACUACCGUGAAGAAUGAGUCGACCACACACGAGAUCACUGAGACGGUUGGCACGCUCCUGACUGACACUCCCCAGUCCGACCACGUAUCGAAUGCAACUGAACCGACUAGCAGUUCGCUACCGACGACAACCGAGUUUCCACCGGAUAACAUGACAGACACUGUGGAAACCGAUGAAUUCACACCGGAACAAACUGUGUCUACAGACCGGAACACCACAUCACACUCAGGAGACGAGACGGUUGGCACGCUCCUGACUGACACUCCCCAGUCCGACCACGUAUCGAAUGCAACUGAACCGACUAGCAGUUCGCUUGGCAACCGAGCCGAGUUUCCACCGGAUAACAUGACAGACACUGUGGAAACCGAUGAAUUCACACCGGAACAAACUGUGUCUACAGACCGGAACACCACAUCACACUCAGUUACUGAGACGGUUGGCACGCUCCUGACUGACACUCCCCAGUCCGACCACGUAUCGAAUGCAACUGAACCGACUAGCAGUUCGCUUCCGACGGCAACCGAAUUUCCGUCUGAUAACAUUACUUUCGAUCUGGAAACGAGGCUCUCUCCUGCCGUUUCUCACAGUGUCGAUAUUUGUACUUCUGCACCUUUUAACUAUACUUUUUCUCCUUCGCACUUUUCAGCAAUCUCUACAGUGUUAUCACAGUUUACAUCUGAAGUUUCUAGGUUGUCUGAUUUUCCAUCUGAUUCCACUUCGACCAGGGGUGUUCGGUUCACCGCUCCUUUGGACUUGAUCCUCCGGAAUGUUUCCAUUCCAGAUGGCUUGUUUGGUCAGCCUCAUUUGGGCAAGCCGUGUCAAUGUGAUCUUCGUUGUGGACGUCGGCGUCAAAUGAAGCUGAUAUUGAAAAAAUUUGUGCGGUUAUGCCGCUCAGUGUUUUACUUUACAGCCAGGGCUAAGAUAUUGAAAAAAUAUGUGAACAGAGUGUUGAAUUUGCUGAGAAUAUCUAUUAAUCUGUGUGAUUAUUUAUUCUAA